UGCUACAAAGCAUAGAGACAUUUGUUCGGAGAGAGAUUGUUUUCGCAAAAUAUUGAGUGAUUUAUAAUAAUAUAUUAGAAACAUAAGGAGUUAAAUUGCAAAUUACACCGAAAACAUUUAAGACGGCGACGUUUUCGGAUGGUCAUCAUCGUCAACUUCGACAAACAAUAGGAAAAUUGAUCGUCGUCAAGCACGUCAGGAUCAAGGAAAAAAAAAGAAAGAAAGAGAUUCGCCGCACGUUGUUCAAAUCGAAAAUUUGAAAAAGGAAAGCGACACUUAGCAGCAGAUCUUACCCCUUUUUUUUUUCUUAACCUGGAAGAUUAAUCAGACUCAGAAAGAGACAGAGAGAAAAAGAAGUUAUAUAAAACUUCCGUAAACAGAAAAAAAGGUUGGACCUUUAGAGAGAAAGAAAGAGAGAGAAUUUGAUGGUGUGGUUGACGAAUCAACAGAUCGGGACAUGGAAAAGGAAUCGAAUUGUUGUUGGAUCGCUGUUCAUAUGUUGGUUAAUCUUAUUGUUCAUCACUCCCAAAGUUCCUCUUCAUUCUUUCCGUCAUCAUGUCUUCGCUGACAAGCGCAAUUUCAUGGGAGUGCCAAACACAUUAAAUGUGAUGACCAACUUUCCUUUUCUUAUUAUUGGUGUUCUUGGUUUCGUUCUUUGCGUUGGAGGAAGCUUCUUUAAUAUCAGUUUGAAAGGUGAGAUCUGGGGAUGGACACUGUUCUACGCAAGCGUUUCAAGCUUGGCCUUUGGCUCUGCUUAUUACCAUCUCAAACCUGAUGACAACACAAUCGUCUGGGACACUUUGCCUAUAUUGAUUGCGUAUUCCUCGCUUUUCUCUAGUUUUUUGGUCGAGAGAGCGGGGGAGAAAGUAGGAUUGAGUUGCCUCGUCUUGCUUCUGUUCAUUUCAUUUCUCAGCGUUGCUUACGCCAGAGUGUUUAAUGAUCUCCGGUUAUGCAUGACGUUCCAGUUGAUUCCCUGCCUGGCCAUUCCCAUCAUGACCGUUUUGUUACCUCCCAAGUAUACUCACUCUAGGUUCUGGCUCUUGGCAACAGCGGCUCACUCUGUUUCCAAGAUCGAAGGACUUGCAGACAGCAAGAUAUACAAUGCGAAUGGAUAUAUCAUCAGUGGCCAUUCACUGGGACAUUUGUGUUCAGCAUUGUCUAUGCUUUUACUUUCCGUUAUGCUUUUGUAUAGAAGCAUUCGGUUUCAGAGAUUAAGUGAGCUCAAAGGCCAUCCUUGACAUCCAUUGAUGACUGCUCUUUCCCUCAAUUUUUUUUUUUUUUUUUGUAAUUCAGAUGCUUCCUGUAAUUCUUCAACAGCAGAUUUUGUUGGAUUAUUAGUGAAAUUUUGUUGGGUUUCUAAUAAAUUUGAUUUAGCUUUUUUAA